UAGGCGGCGUGCCAGGAAAUUUACUUCAUGAACCAAAACUAGGCCGAAUCAAUGGGCCAGGCUAGAGGCCUUGGUGGGUAGCCCGCCCAUUAGACACAGAAGAAUUUCCCUUGUUUUGAGGUGAGGGCACCCCAAGCUGACAACCUCACAGCCCUCUAUGGAAGAACCGGAAUACGACACCAACCCAGCCAUGCAACCAACCCCGCCGCCGCAACGCCGCCAACUAUGCACCCAGUGUGCCCCACUUUCAUGCUGCCUCUGCCACGUUUUCCCCACCACCCCACUUCACAAAUCCAAAAUUUUAAUUAUCCGCCACCCUCACGAGUCCCGCCACAAGCUCAACACCCCACUCCUCUCCAAAACCCUCCUCAACGCCACUAUCAUCACUUCCCGCCGCCUCCUCCCUCCCCUUCCCAACCAAUUCGCACCCGCUAUCUACCUCUUCCCUCCUUCCUCUUACCCUGCCGUCACUCUGUCCCAACUCAAAUCCACCAACCUCCUCAAUUACCAAACUACCCCUCUCCUCUUAAUUGUUUUUGAUGCCACGUGGAAGCAUGCUAAGGAGAUGGUGGGGGCCAGUGAAGGGGUUUUGAAGGGUUUUGCUGUACGGGUUUGUUUAGAUGGAGUUGAUGAGAGUGGCGGGGGGAGUAUUUAUGAUAGUGAAUUGGUUUUAAGAAAAGAGCCCUUUGGUGGGUGUGUUACCACUUUGGAGGCUGUGGCCAGGUGCUUGGGGGUCAUUGAGCCUAAUGGAAAUGAGGUUCAAGGGGUUCUGAUUGGGAUAUUGAGGGAGAUGGUGAGAUUGCAAGCUGGGUUUUUGAAGCCUGUUAAGCCUAGGACUAAGAUGUUGAAGAAGAACAAGCGCAAAGAAGAGGAGCACAGUAAGAUUGACUAGAAGUCACUGCAAAUGUGAGCGAAAAGCUUAUAUGCUUCUCAACUUUGAUUGCAAGCUGUUGUCUUGGACAACUGUGUUGCAAUAUCUUCCAGUUAUGAACCUCAUCUCUGCUACUUGGUGAAUACUUUU